GAGAGAGGAGAGAGACGGACUGAGAAAAGGCCCUGGGAGGAGAAGGAGGAGAAGGCAAAGCGGAGGGGGAGGAUGGGAAGGGCAGAGCCAGGGAGAAGCACACGGAGGCAGGAGGAGAUGGAGACCAGGUAACAUCGGAGCCGAGAGUGGGACCGAGCUGCGAGCGGCAGCAGAAAGGGACCGCGGGACGUUGAGAGAGAACCAGAAAGGUGGACAUGGUGCGGGAGACAGUGAGAGCAGCACAGAUCGAGCCCUGGACAGGGGCGUAGGCUCUCAGGUGCACAGGCUCAGCCCAGGGAUGGGGAGGGCGGGUGCUGGUCCCGCCGCCUGGCAGGCCUGGCCCCUCCCACUUACCGGCCGGCUGUAGCCAAGCCCCUUCCUUACCCCUCUCUGGAGCUCAGCCUUCCCACCUGCAAAAUGGGGGUGCUCAGGGCACCGAGUGCGCCUGCCUACAAGGUGACAGGGGCCUGGGGCGGAAUCAGCGCUCAGGGUCUGGUAGCUGUCAGUGUUGUAAAUGAUGAGAGGCCAAAAGAAGGGACGAGAGUAGGGGAGAAAAUAUCCAGAAAGACUUUGAAGGUUUUCUAUACCGUGGGCAGCCUCCACCCUGGUCUUGGAUUGCUAUAUCUGACAGGUAGGUGGGGAGCCAUGUUGCCCAAGGGGCCAGACUCCAAAACAGGUGAGGUUCCCUCUGACCCGGCCUCCAGGAAGCCAGGCUGUGCCUUCUCCAAGGAGGCAGGCCUAGCUGGACUCCCGGGUUUGAGGGAGGGGGCUGGGGGCCUGGCCUCCUGGGUCCCCUGGGGAGAACGGGUCUGUGGACUUGGACUUCUGAGUCUGAGGGAGGAGGGAGCCUGGAUUCCAGGGACCUUUGGGGAGGAAGGGUCCAGGGGCCUGAACUCUUGGGUCCGUAGUGAGGAAGAGGCCGAGGGACUGAUUCCUGGGUUCCUUGGGGAGGAGGGGGCCGGGGGCCCGGAAUCCUGGGUCCUGGCACCCACCCGUAGAACCGACCUUGCGGGGCCUUCGCCGCACACAAGCUCGUGUCUGUGGGUCCGUGUCGGGGGCUCACCAUCGCGGCUGGGGCCUCCCCGGCCCUCCCCGCCCUCCCUGGCCCUCCGGGUCCCCGUCUGUCCGUCCAUCCGUCUGUCUGUCCACCUGCCGCGCCCCCCGGGCUGAGGUAGGAGGUUGUAUAGUUGAGGAGGACACCCACGGAGAUCACUAUACGGCCUCCUAGCUUUCCCCAGGCUGCGCCCUGCACGGGACGGCCGGGCGGGGACCCCCGACCCGGCUGCCCAACCCGCCGGGCUCAGGGGGCUGCUGCAGGGACCCAGGGAGGAGGAGCUGGGCUGCCCCUCCUGUCCUCUCCCCUGCAUUCUUUCCUCCCUCUUCCCUCAAAGAGUUUCUCUCCCAUCAAGAAAUCUCUGUUUUGCUUUCUCGCUCUGUCUCUCCAUCCUCCGUGGAGUCUGCACUGUGGCCUCUCAGGCUCUGCCUCCAUCCGCCUCUCACUGUGCUUUCUGGGUCUCGGACCCUCCCGAUUUCUCUCUGUGGCUCACUUUCUGUCUUUCGGGCGCUCGAGGUGUCUCUGUGUCAUGUCCAUUUCCACCACACCCCCUUGCUCCACCCCAGGGCCUGGCGGGCCCCCCUGCACACCGCACUGCCGGCCUCUGGGUCCCUGAGACCCUUUAACCUGUGAGGACGUCCAGGGUCACAGGUGAGGUUCUUGGGAGCCUGGCGUCCGGCCCAACCACAAGCCUGGGGAUUGCUGGCCUAACCCCUGACCCCUGACCCCGCACAUCCUUCCCCCUUCCUCCCUCAAAACCCUGAACCUGACAUCUGAUAGGCAACUGAAACCCGACCUCUGACCCCGUAUCAUGAGCCCCUCCCCCACCCUGUGGUGACCUCACAAAAGUCACCAGCUUCUCCCCAGGCCAAGACCCUCCGCUAUGGCCCUGCUGGUCCCAGCAAGCUCUGUCCUGUCUGCCCUAGUGGCCCUGACGGUCUUCAGGGCCUCCGCCUGGGCCUGUCUCCUCUGCUUCACGUCCUACAAUGAGCGCCUCCAAAUCUGCCAGAUCUUCGCAGGCCUGGAGAGCCCCAACCUCGGGAAGUGUGAGGAGGCCUUCACGGACGCCUUUAAGGGCCUCCUGGACACAGAAAUCAACUACGAUGAGCGAGGCCACUUGCACGAUGCCUUCACCCAGAUGACCCACUUCCUCCAGGAGAUGGCCACCGCCCAGGGGUCCUUUCGGGUCGCCUUCCCUGAUGCCGCAAAGAAAAUGCAAAAGGUUAUAUUACAGCUUAAAGAAGCCCAAGCCUGCAUCCCUCCCUGUGGACUCCAGGAGGUCGCCCGGCGUUUCCGCUGCCGCGGGUGCUACUCCACGGUCUGCGACCUCCCGCUGGACUGCCCAGUUAAGGACGUGACAGUGACUCGGGGUCAACAGGCUAUGUUCUCUUGCACUGUGAACUUCCAGCUGCCGAAGGAAGAGAUCACCUAUUCCUGGAAGUUCGCAGGAGGUGGAAUCCGGACUCAGGACCUGUCCUAUUUCCGGGAGAUUCCGCGGGCCCAAGGAUACCUGGCGCGGAUCCGGCCAGUGCAGCCCACGCACGGCGGGACCUUCUCUUGCGUGAUCACGCACGACCAGCGACCCCUGGCGCGGCUCUACUUCUUUCUUAACGUGACGGGGCCGCCGCCUCGCGGGGAGACGGAACUCCAGGUCUCUUUUCGGGAAGUGUUGCGCUGGGCGCCUCGGGAGGCGGAGAUGAUCGAACCCUGGAGACCGAGCCUGGGCGAGCUGCUGGCCAGUCCCGAGGCUCUGACGCCGGGCAACCAGUGCCUGCUCGCGGCCGCUGUGGCGUUAGCAUCAGCCGGUGUGACCGUGCUGGCGUGGAUAUUCUUUCGAUGGUACUUAAGCAGCAGCUAACAAAGGUAUAUUUUUCUUCCUUAUCCGAUUUCCAUCCCUAAAAUAAAGAAUAUAUUUCAGCUCUC